UGUCGUGAGGGGCGCUGCCCGCAGCAGGGCCGGGGGCCGUGAGGGGCGCUGCCCGCAGCAGGGUCGGUGCGUCCCCGCCGCAGGAAAGCCGCCGCGAACAAACUGUUCACCAUGUCAGUCAAAAAGGAAGGUGCCCACAAGAAGUGGGCUGCCCUGAAGGAGAAGCUCGGGCCCCAGGAGACCGACCAGUCAGAGGCCAACCUGGAAAAUGCAGAGCCAGAGCUGUGCAUCCGUCUCCUGCAAAUGCCCUCAGUGGUGAACUACUCUGGGCUGAGGAAGAGGCUGGAGAACAGUGAUGAUGCCUGGAUGGUCCAGUUCCUGGAGCUGUCUGGGCUGGAUCUGCUCCUGGAGGCCCUGGACAGGCUGUCAGGGCGAGGAGUGGCCAGGAUAUCCGAUGCCUUGCUUCAGCUCACCUGCAUUAGCUGUGUAAGAGCAGUCAUGAACUCCCACAAAGGCAUAGAAUACAUUGUGAGCAACGAGGGCUACGUCAGAAAACUCUUCCAAGCACUUGACACAACUAAUGUCAUGGUCAAAAAGCAAAUAUUUGAGCUCCUGGCUGCACUGUGCAUUUACUCAUCAGAUGGCCACUCUUUGGCUCUGGAUGCUCUGGACCAUUACAAGAGUGUGAAGAACCAGCAGUACCGGUUCAGCAUCAUCAUGAACGAGCUGUCCAACACAGACAACGUGCCCUACAUGGUGACACUGCUGAGUGCCAUCAAUGCCAUCAUCCUGGGCAAAGAAGAGCUAAGAACAAGGACACAAAUCAGAAACGAGUUCAUAGGGCUUCAGCUGUUGGAUGUUUUAGACAAGCUAAGAGACAUCGAGGAGGAGGAUCUGCUUAUCCAGUGUGACACAUUUGAGGAGUUCAAAAUAGAGGAUGAUGAGGAGUUAUUAAGGAUAUGUGAUGGCAUAAACAUGAAUGAUCAUCAUGAGGUCUUUUCAUCUCUCUUCAAUAAAGUGAGCCGCUCUCCAAUCUCUGUCCAGCUGCUGUCCAUCCUGCAGAGCCUGCUGCACCUGGAACCCUCUCAUCACUCCAGCCUCCUGCUCUGGGAGUCCUUGGAUGCUGUAGUGAACAGAGCCCUUUUACUCGCCAAUGACAUCCAAGGGAACACAGUUGAAGAAGUCAUUGAGAGGCUGCUGUCUAUCAAAAAACAUCCAAGCAAGCAGAAGCGAGCUGAACACCGCCUGUCUGGGAGCGCAGCUGGAGCUGCCCAGGCUGAGCCAGAGCCAUGUGCACGUGCAGCUCGGUGUCCAGUGGGGUCAUCAAACCCCACCAGGGCACCAGCAACACCCUCAGGGCCACUGGACAAUGAAAAGAAGAUCUCAUCCUGCCAGUUCACAGCCUGCUGUGCCCUGCCAGAGAAAUCCAACCCUCCCUCCAACACUGCUCCCAACCCGGCACCUCCAGCCCCACCACCUCUGCCCUCUGGCACAGCAGCCAUGACCCCCACAUCCCCCAUGACAAAUACACCCCCAGCCCCUCCAGUCCCAGCCAUCCCUCCCCCUCCACCCCCACUGCCUGGCAUGGGGGCUAUUCCCCCCCCUCCUCCUCCUCCUCCUCCACCACUGCCUGGCAUGGGGGGCAUUCCUCCUCCUCCACCCCCAUUACCUGGCAUGAGUGGUAUCCCACCCCCUCCACCCCCUCUGCCUGGCAUGGGGGGCAUUCCUCCUCCACCCCCACUGCCUGGCAUGGGUGGUAUCCCUCCUCCACCUCCAUUACCUGGCAUGGUUGGUAUCCCACCCCCUCCACCCCCGUUGCCUGGCAUGGGUGGCAUCCCUCCUCCUCCACCUCCAUUACCUGGCAUGGGUGGCAUCCCUCCCCCUCCACCCCUCCUUCCUGGCAUGACAGGAGAUCACAUAGAAGCCGUGGUGGCCUCCCAGUACAGCUGCCCCCUGGGCUUGGGCAGGCCUCCCCACAAGGCAGUGAAGACACCAACGCUGAGAAUGAAGAAGCUGAACUGGCAGAAGCUGCCCUCCAACGUGGUGAGAGAGAGCCACUCAAUGUGGGCUUCUGUGAGCAGCAGCAACGAGGAGAUGAUAGAGCCCAACUACAGCAGCAUUGAGCAGCUGUUCUGCUUCCCACAGACAACCCCCAAGGAGAAGACAGCAGCACCAGUGAAGGCAGAGCCGAAGGAGAUCACAUUUUUGGACUCCAAGAAAAGUCUCAAUUUGAACAUAUUUUUGAAGCAAUUUAAAUGCUCCAAUGAAGAGGUGACUGCCAUGAUCCAGAAUGGGGACCGGACCAAGUUUGAUGUUGAGGUUCUGAAGCAGUUGCUGAAGCUGCUGCCUGAAAAGCAUGAGAUAGAAAACCUGAAGGCCUUCAAAGAAGAGAAAUCAAAGCUAGCAAAUGCAGAUCAGUUCUAUCUUCUCCUCCUUCAGAUUCCCAGCUACCAGCUGCGCAUUGAGUGUAUGCUGAUCUGUGAAGAGACCACCGUCGUGCUUGACAUGAUUCAGCCCAAAGCUGAAGCCAUCCGGAGAGCCUGUGAAGAUCUUCUGACCAGUCAUCGCCUGCCAGUCUUUUGUCAACUGAUUCUCAAAGUUGGAAACUUCCUGAACUACGGAAGUCACACAGGCGAUGCCGAUGGGUUUAAAAUCAGCACUUUACUCAAACUAACAGAAACCAAAGCCAACCAGACCCGCAUUACACUGCUCCACCAUAUUCUGGAGGAAGUAGAAAACAGCCACAAGGACCUACUGGAACUGCCAAAGGAUCUUGAAUAUGUUUCAAAAGCAGCAGGAAUUAAUCUUGAUAUUAUACGCACGGAGUCCGGUACCAAUUUAAAGAAGUUGCUGGAGCUUCAGCGGAAAGUCUUAUCAUCAAAUGAGGAUGUGAAACAACAGUAUGAGAAACCCAUCCAGGACAGCAUUGAUGCCUCCAGAAAGCUGGAAGAAGAAUUUGAAACCAUUGAAAAGAAGAGAGAAGAACUUGCAAAUUAUCUCUGUGAAGAUCCAAGCAAGUUGUCCUUAGAGGACAUAUUCAGCAUCAUGAAGACCUUCAGAGAUCUCUUUAUCCGAGCCCUGAAGGAAAACAAGGACAGAAAGGAGCAAGCUGCCAAAGCAGAGAAGAGGAAAAAACAGCUAGAAGAGGAAGAGGGCAAGAGACAGAAGGGAGAAAAUGGAAAAGUCAUCAAGAAGGGGCUGAUGAAGCAGGAGGAGGUGUGUGUCAUCGACGCCCUGCUCGCCGACAUCAGGAAAGGCUUCACGCUGAGGAAGACAAAGAACAGACAUGAGUCAGAGGCAGCUCCUAAAGCCUUGUCUGCAGAGAGCCUGGAGGAAAGCCAGUCUGGACAGAGCAUGAAGGAUCCACAAGCAGCAGGGAAGCAGAUUGGUGACAAGGCUGAGCAAAACAAGGAUGAUCAUCCCUCAGAAAGCACUCCUCCCUCAACCACUGCCCCGAUGGAGACAGGUGGAGGUGUUACAAAUGCUUCAGCUUCAGGGUCAGUAUUAUCUACAAACAGUGCUGGAGGAAGUCUGCCACUGGAGUCCCAGACCAAAAGCCCCUCAGAGAGCGUGGUGGAAGCUGAUGGAGCCAGUCAGACCACACUGGGCCUCGGGAUGGAGCAGGCAAACAACACGGAAAGCCUCCAGCCCAGCACAAAGAGCGGCUCCCUUGGCUUCUCUGUGGCUGACAUAGGCACAAGGAUAAGCUUUGUGAGCAGCAGUUCAGCCCCUGCUCUGAGAGACCAACUCAGCUGGACUAAUGAGUCCAUGUCAGGAGGCCAGGACAAGGAAUGCCCAGCUGAUGGCUCAGAGAGUGCUCAGCCUGCUCCCUGCCAUGAGGCUCAGCAGGCAGAGUCAAAAGAAAUGACGAAGGAGAAUGAAGACCCUGGUACAGACUCACUGUUGGACACCUCUCAAGACAAGUCCUUCUCAGAGGAGCCGGCCACCGACUCCUCUUGCUCAGCAACACUUCCCCCAGAGCAAACUCACAGUGACAGGGAAAAGCAGAGGCCAUCAGGGAAAAGGAAGAAGAAGAAGAGGCACAGCAAAAGCUACUCAGCAGAGGUUGAGACUGAUACUGGAGAUAAUAAAACAAAAAAAGAUUGUGUGGCACAAUGAGGUGUCAUGGCAAGGCAGAAGGUAUGAGAGAACCUCUCAUGUGUCCCUGGAGUGCUGCCACCUUCUGAGACUCCCAAGUUCUGCAUCAAUGAAAUGCCACCAUGGACAACUUCUGCCCCAUGAAGACCCAGAGCCUCUCCUCAUGCAGCCUUUCACUCCCUUCCCCAGGACCUAAAGAGCCUCCCCAGAGACUCUGGACCCCUCAGCCUGUGCACUGGGCACCUGUGGGGACAGGGGAUGGCUCUGUGCAUAGUGGUGGUGAAAGGGUCAGACCUGUCACCCACUGUCCUGGGAGCCAAGGCUUUCAACCUGCUCUUAGGCCAAACUUCUCUUGAAAUGACAGCUGAGUGUGGCCCAAGAACAGACUGCAGUGGUUAGCCCUUGAAGAAGUGUUAAAAACAGCAGUGCCUCAACUAAAUUAAGGAUAUAAAUUAAGCAGUGGCUGUACCAUCACAGGUGGAGGUGCGUUAAAUCCCUCUUCUCAUUGCCCACUGAUGACUUAUAUUGGACCAGGUCCAAGACUCAGAUUAGACAAAUGUGUUUUUACUCUCAAUCACUUAAAGCAAGGGAAAUUGGUUACAGGGGAAAAAAGCAAGUAAAAGUAUGUAUUUUACUAAGCAUAUGGCCAUAUAAACAGUGUCUGGUUCCUACAUGAUGCUUAUGUGCAAUUAAGUUGAAUGCAUCAGUAGUCUUAAGUAGUCUUGUCACACAUGCUGAUGCAUCCAUCAACCUUUGGAGAGCCAGGGCUCUGGUUUCUCUUACUAAAGCAAAGGAAGAGGUUUUCCAGAGUGUUCUAUUGGACACAUUUUAAGCUUAUCCUGUAGUAAAUCUCUGGGUUUGACUUCCAUUGUCAGCUGCUUGUACUAGAGAGUCUGUGUCCAAGCUGCAGAACGUGUGGAAUCAUGUUACUUUGGCUUUAAAACUGGGACUGUGCAGUACUGUGCUUUCAAAAUUCAGAGCUUUAUUUCUCAAGUUUUGUAAUAACACUGUAUAAUAAUUUUGUACAUAGCUGUCCAUUUAAAAUGAUCUAUGUUUGUUGAAUCUAUGGUGUGAUAUGUGCUGAAACAUAAAUCCAGUGGAAGAGCUGGGUACAUUUCAGAACUGUUCAUUUAUAUGGUAACUCACUGUGGCUAAACUAAUGUGCAGGCUAAAGCUUAUUUUGCUCUGCUUAAUAGGACUUGUAAUGUCCUUGUAAUACUGAAAACUUAGAAGCGAAACCAAGAAUUAAAUCACUGGUUUGCUUUAACCAAGGCAUCACUAUGAGCAUAUUGAAAACAGAGGCAGAGAUGUUGAGAACAGACACGUGGGCAGGAUCAGUGCAGGAGACACCGCAGAGUAGCACAACCCUGUUGCAACAGAAAACUGAUUCCUGCUGGCAGAAGCAGGGAUACCCCCAGCAUUCCCUGGAGAACCAUGCACCCAGGUUUGAUUUGCAGGGCUGUCUCUAUCACAUCUACAGGUAUCUCCCCUUUUUUCCCCUCUUUUCCAGUCUCAGAGCACAUCACCCAAGCACCAUAUUUUUACUCCUCAAUCUAGCUCUGCUGCUCUCAGAUUAGACUCCAAGCUGCAAAAACCUGAGUAUUAAACACAUUAUUUCCAGCUCUGUACAGCCCAGGCUAGCUGUGCACAGCCAGCCUCCUCCUCUCCACCCCACUGUUUGAUCAAUAGGAACAUCAUCAUUUGGAGAUGAAGGACUGGGGAGCAAACAGGUUCUCUGGGUGUUACCUAGGGAACCUUUCCUGCUGAUGCCCCACUGGCUGCUCACUUCAGAUGCUACAGCAUGUGUCCAUUUCUCCAUCUGAGUCUUUCAGCUUCCCUCAUUUCCAGAGUUUUUAUUACUCUGUGUGCUUACCUUGGCAUUUAAAGAGAGGGUUUUUGGCAUUAUCUUUCCCCUGCUUUCAAGAGUUUACAAAGAAAUGGGUUAUUUUGAGCCACCAGAGGCUCUUUGUUCAAUAGUCAUCUGUAAAUUAUCUAUUCAAUCACAUCCCAAUAAGCAGCCUCAAGCACAACAUUUAUAAUUUAUUGCUCCAGAGCAACUCUGUUUCCAUUACAGUGAUUAUUUCAGAAGAACAGAAGAAAAGAAUCAGAGGAGGUCAAAGACUGAAAUUCAGCUGGGAUGUGGAGUUUUGUUCCAUUUAUGAGCUUGAAAUAAAGCUCAUGACCCUGAAGAUUUUUCAGUGGUUGCAAGACCAAAUUAAUUGUUGGUGAAAAGAAUAUAAUGGCCAAUUCAACAGAGCUUUGGUCUUUUAAGUCAACCAUGAGUACAGACCUCAAAAUAGAAUUCUUGUGGUGUAUUACAGCAACUGCACAUGGAGUCUGGUAUGUAAACCAGGCUGUGACCACCACAAGCUUCUUGCUGCCAAAUAAAUGCAUCUUGUGUAAUUAAGCAUUGGCUAUAUGAUAAAAUGAAAGUUCAGGAGAAAUCAGCUGAAGUCUUUUCCAAAUAUUUCACAUAAAAAAUUAGGUAUGUUUAAUGAGAUGGAUUUUCAGGGUUAGUUUUUUGGGGAGUUUUGGUUGUUGGUUUUUGGUUUUUUUUCCCAGUACUGAAAAUAUUUCAAAGUUUAGAAUAAAAAUAAAUACUUGGUGAGUUUUCUUUCUCUGGUGGGGCUGGGGAAGUCCUAUAUUUUCCACUUUAUAUAGGAUAUAAAGCACCUAAGCAUAAUUGCCAUAUAUGCCAAUAAUUGUCAUACAUGCCAAUAAUUGUCAUACAUGCUUAGUAAUAAUUACCAAUUGUUUUGCUCUUCUUCCAGUUCCCUCAGUACCCUUGGGUGGGUCCCAUCCAGCCCCAUGGAUUUGUGAGUGCCUAAAUGGCACAGCAGGUCACUGACUAUUUCCUCCUGGAUUGUGGGGGACCUAUGCUGCUCUCUGUCCCUGUCUGGCAGCUCAGGGGGCUGGUUGCCCUGAGGAUAAUUAUUCUUAAAGACUGAGGCAAAUAAAGCGGCCUUUUCCUCAUC